AUGCCCUUCACCAAGACUUUUCAUGGCUUCAUUGAAAAUACAACAGACACACUGUUGAUUAUCGAAGCAUGCAGAAACAAGAUCUUACCCACCAUCAAUCGCAGACUCAUUGAACGUGAGCGCAGUCUCAUUAAAUCUGGCACCAUCAUCGUCUUUGACGAGACUGAGUCCGGCAUAAAGAGGUGGACAGACGGCUUUCUGUGGAGCCCUUCACGUAUCCUCGGUAACUUUCUCGUGUACAGAGAAUUAGCUAAUCGAGAAACAAGAUCAACCGAAGGAGAGGGAUACAAUUUGUAUAACAGCGGUAACAGUAACGGAGACCCGGCAUUACUACAUCAACGGGAAAGGGCACUGGUGGGUUCAUUAACCACAGCAAACACAUCCUACAACUUUAAGCAAGACGGUCUCAUCAAAAAGACAAUUCGUAUCAUGGUGAAUGGAAACUAUCUGCAUAUUGUCAGUUAUUACAGUAAAAAUGAUGUCCUCGAGAAUCAAUUGCCCACACCUUCUGCCAGUCCGCAGUUCGCUGGCUUACAAAUUUCGGCUGACCUGAUG